UUUUUCGCUUUCCUCCUCCAUUUCUAACCCAAACCACCACAUUUGCCCGACCCCGAACCGGCCCGGCCCGACCGCUUUCCCCAUCCUUUUAUCAGCACCACAGCUCUCUUCUUUUCCCCUCUCCUACAAUUCCCCUCUAAUUCCUCUCUCUCCUUCUCUCUCCUGGGGUUCCCCCACUCCGCCAUGGCCAUAGAGCUCAUGAUGAACUACGGCGGCAGCAGCAGCAGCAACGCGAGCUUCGUCACCAAAAUGGAAGAGUCGGCCGUCCAAGAAGCCGCCUCCGGCCUCGAAAGCGUCAACAAGCUAAUCCGCCUUCUCUCCCAGCAGCAGCAGCAGACACAAGAUCAGAACCACCGCCGCUCCUCUCCCUCCGCCUCCGCCGCCCCCGGUCCCGCCGUCGACAUCGAAACCGACUGCAGAACCGUCGCCGACGCCGCCGUCUCCAAGUUCAGGAAAGUCAUUUCCCUCCUAGGCAGCACCCGAACCGGCCACGCCCGCUUCCGGAGAGCCCCUGUCUCCGCCGCUUCUCCGUCGUCGACGGAGCUGAUCCCCGCAAAUCUCAACCACUACCACCACCGCCACCACCACCACCGCAGCAGCGGCAGUGAAAUCCCGCAUCCCGAGAGCAACAGCAACGACGACAACAACAAGGUCUACUACGCGACGCCGAUCCAGCAGAUUCCUCCCUCGCCGCAGGAUUUCGGCCUCGCGGUUGUGAAAUCAGGCGCAUCCGUGGACAGAAACGGCAAAGACUCGUCCGCCACGACCAUCAAUUUCUCGUCCUACUCCUCCGCAGCGAACUCGUUCGUUUCGACGCUGACCGGAGAAACAGAGGGGAAGCCGCACCAGCAUCAGCACCAGCAGGGACCUUCUUCCUCGUCGGCGUUCCAGAUCACGAAUCUAUCUCACUCCGCCGGCGGACGGCCUCCGCUCUCCACAUCGUCGUUGAAGAGGAAGUGCAGCUCUGAGACUCUGGGAUCCGGGAAAUGCCUCAGCGGCGGCUCCUCCGGUCGCUGCCACUGCUCCAAGAAGAGCAGGAAAUUGAGAUUGAAGAGGGUGGUUAGGGUUCCGGCGAUAAGCCUGAAGAUGGCGGACAUUCCUCCCGACGACUACUCGUGGCGGAAGUACGGGCAGAAGCCAAUCAAAGGCUCCCCGCAUCCACGGGGUUAUUACAAGUGCAGCAGCGUGCGGGGAUGCCCGGCCCGGAAGCACGUGGAGAGAGCGGUGGAUGACCCGUCGAUGCUGGUGGUGACCUACGAAGGAGAUCACAAUCACAACACGCUGUCCAUUGCUGAGACUGCUAAUCUCAUCUUAGAAUCCUCCUGAAUUUCAUUAGCAAGAUGAUGAACAAAUUCAAUGCUUUGUUUCUUUCUUUUUUUUGUGGGUGAUGGUGAUCUCGAAGGAGAUCGAGGGAUCAGAAUCUGUAGGCUUGUAGUAAGCAGGGAAUGGAUAUUUUGGGGGGUCUAAGUUCCCCAAUUUGUGUCCAAUCAUUUCAUGUAAAAUAUUUAUUAUGGGGAUACUUUUGGUUUUUAUUUUUUUGGGGUCGAUAAUGAGGAACCCAUAUGUUGUUUCUUGUGAUUUGGGGAAGAAAUUUGGUGGAAGGAAAGGGGAUGUGGGGAUUUUGAUGGAAUUUGGAUGAAGCAAAGCAAAAAUGGUGGGUGGUGGUGG